AUGGCGGCAGGGAGUUACCGUGCUCGGCGCCCUGCUCGCCUUCCCUCGCAGCGCAGGAAAGAGAGGACGAGCACCGACACCGAGAUACAGCGCUUCAUUGCCAGGAAGGCGGAUCUCCUUUUUGCUCAGUCGUGGAAACCCAAUGGUCCUCUUUCUGACACAAUUGAAGAAAAUGAAGAGUAUUAUGCUGUUAUGCCUCCCCUGGAACAGUUCAUGGAGGUUCCCAGGGAAGACAGGAGAGAACUAUUCUUCCGAGACAUCGAACGUGGUGAUAUCGUGAUUGGGAGGAUUACUUCUAUUCGGGAAUUUGGCUUUUUCAUGGUGUUGAUUUGUCUGGGAAGUGGUGUCAUACGGGAGAUCUCGGAUUUAGAAAUCACUGCUCUUUGUCCAUUGCGAGAUGUGCCUUCUCAGAGCAACCACGGAGAUCCUUUAUCUUAUUAUCAGACUGGAGACAUUAUUCGAGCUGCGGUCAAGGAUGUUGAUCGUUACCACGAAAAACUCACGAUAUCGCUUUACAGCUCGGCUCUUCCACCCUAUCUUUCUAGUACAAAACUAGGAGUAAUUACCUCUGAUGAAUUUCCAUUACAUUACAGGCGAAGCAUGGAAGUUGCCAAUACGUUGGAGACAUAUGAAGAGGUUUUGCAUCGUUCUCCAGGAUUUGCUAAUCCAUCAGUAGUUGAAUAUUUAGCAGAAAAGCUAGGACUGAGUGAAACAAACCCACCAUCUUUGAUGAGAGGUCUUCAAGUCAAGAAUUUCAGUGAAGAAGACUUUGCUCCUGCAUUGAGGAAAAGACAGUCUGCAUCUUGGGCCUUGAAAUGCGUGAAGACUGGAGUUGAUUAUUUUAAGGUUGGACGCCACGUGGAAGCUAUGAAUGAGUACAACAAGGCUUUGGAAAUAGAUCCACAGAAUGUUGAAGCGUUGGUAGCCCGCGGAGCUCUGUAUGCAACAAAAGGAAGUCUAAACAAAGCCAUAGAUGAUUUUGAAACUGCGUUAGAAAACUGUCCCACCCACAGAAAUGCAAGAAAAUACCUCUGUCAAACACUUGUGGAAAGAGGCGGGCAGUUGGAAGAGGAGGACAAACUACUAAAUGCUGAGAGUUACUAUAAAAAAGCCUUAAAUUUGGAUGAGACUUUUCAGGAAGCAGAAGAGGCCUUAACGAAACUCCGUAAGCACAUGCAGAAAUCUUUGGAAAUGAGGGAGAAGCAAGCUGCAAAAGAAGAGAGACAGAAAGAAAAGAAAGUAGAAACAAGUGCAGAAAAAUUGCGUAAGCUCUUAAAAGAAGAGAAAAGGUUGAAGAAGAAAAGGAAAAGAUCAACUUCCUCCUCUUCCUCCUCCACCUCCUCCUCCUCGUCCUCAAGUGACUCUUCAUCAGAUGUGUCAAUUUCGUCUUCCUCUUCUUCUGAUCACAAAAAACGCAAGAAAAAGCAUCGGAAUAGAUCAGAGUCUUCCCGCAGCUCCAAAAAGCACUCAUCUAGAUCUUCACAUUACAAAGAUCAGAUUAGGAAAGAUGAGUGGUAUUCGCCUCCAGCUGAUACCUCUGCUUCCUUUCUUAACCAAAGAUUUGAAGUGGAAAAACUGCUGGAAAGGCAGGACAGCUUAGUGUAUCCAAAAACAGAGGUAAGAGAGAAAGACAGACACUGUUCUCUAUCGAGGACUUCAGCUGAGGAUGAAGACACUUUUGGAGGUAGGUCUGAAGAUUCAAGAGAUUCUUACAGUAGCUCCAGAACUCAGGCAAGUAGUAGCAAAAUUGAAAAACAUGUUAAAACGGACAGAUUUUUCUCCAGUAGGAGGAGUUCAUCAGGUUCAUGUCAUAAGUCAGAUGAUAAAACCCAGAUGCAUUAUUUUAGGAAAUUAGACAGGGAAGUAGAGGGGAAAAGAGAACCGUUUAAAAGAUACGGCUCAGGUCAAGACAGGUAUUAUGCAUCUCCAGCAGGGUCCGACUAUUCUGGCAAGUCGGUGGGAAAGUACAAAUCGUAUUCUAGCACUUGUUUACAUGAAAGUGAUAAAAGUUACGACAGUGAUAGGCAUGUAUUAAGUCAGCAUAAAAAUGAAAGGAGAGAGUAUAAACAUAGCGAAAGAAGUUAUGAGGAGACCAGUACCACAAAAGUGGACGAGGAAACUACUCUAAAUGGUAAAGAACAAUCAGAAAGUGGCAUUAAAAGAAACUUGCCCCAGAACUUACUGAACAUAUUCAAUCAAAUUGCUGAAUUUGAGAGGGAAAAAGGAAGUAAGCAGAAGAACCAGUGAAGUACCUAAGAAAAUGCUAUUAUGCUGGAUGUAGGUAAAUGAAUUUUUAUUCCGGUAUCUGUUAAGGAAAAAUACAUGCCCUUGAAAUGCAUAUGAAAAGUGACAGUAAAGCAGAAUCUGUUCUGUUGUGCAGAAUCUGUUGUGCAGAUUCUUUAAGGUUAAAAGAUUGCAUGGCGGAAAGAAAGAUGCAAGGAUAUCUCAUAUUAAAUAUCAGUUACUAUUUAAAAUCAAAGGUCCUUGUACUCCGUAACUUGGGAUGUUCCUGUACAAUAUUCUUGGUGUGACUGGAUGAAAUCUUAAAUCUUUUGAUGCCCUUAAAUGGUAGUUGUGUAACCUGCAUCAAAUAUGCACUUUAACAACAGGUGAUUUUUUUUUUUUCUUCUUCUUCUUCUUAGGGUACUGUUGACUGUUAACUAUUUUUGUAUUUAAACCUAACCUCCAGAUAUUGAAAGGGGAUAACUGAAUGGAGCUGAUGUGCCAUCAAUGUAUAUAGCUUAUUUGAUCAUUAAAUCUUAUUAGUUUUGUGUCUUG